AUGGGGAAGAAACGGGUGAUGUUGCCGGCGAGUGAAGUUGACUUGGCGGAGGUGAAAUACGAGCAGGAACUAAUCCAAGCGCCUCGUUUGUCUGGGUUUAAGCUGAAGUUAUUUGUUAAGUUAAUUGAAGCGCCAUUGAUUGGUUCUUUGAUCAUAUCUCAAUUGAAAAAGCAAAAUAAAAUGGUUGAGAUGUUGCAGAAUAGUGUGAUACCAGAGGCACCCAUGUUUAAGCCCGAGUUCCCUCCUCAAGAACCGGAAACUGGUGUUGUUCUUCUGGAGGAAAGUGGAAAACCUGAAGACAGAGUUGAAUUAGCCUUUAAGUGUCUGCCACACUAUGAUCCUGCUAGCAGCUGUAGUGUUGAAUCCCCUACAACGUUCUGCUAUUGGAAGAUUCGUGAUUAUGCAUAUGCUUACAGGUUGAAGCUUGCCACCCCAUCUAUGGUUGCAGAGCGAUUCAUUUCAGCUAUGGAGGAAUUUGUUAACAAGAAGCCCCCGACACCACUGUUGAUUUCUUUUGAUGCUGAGGAAGUAAGAAAGCAAGCUGCAGCUUCCACACAAAGGUUUGAGGAAGGAAAUCCAUUAUCUAUUUUGGAUGGGAUUUUCAUGGCAAUCAAGGAUGAUAUAGAUUGCUACCCUCAUCCAUCAAAGGGUGCAUCAACAUGGAUGCAUGAGGUUCGCCCUGUUAAAAAGGAUGCAGCCAGUGUAUCAAGAUUACGUAGCUGUGGUGUGAUUCUUGUUGGAAAAGCAAAUAUGCAUGAAUUGGGCCUCGGAACAACUGGAAUUAAUCCUAAUUAUGGGACGGCAAGAAAUCCACAUGCUCCAGAUAGGUAUACAGGUGGGUCUUCCUCAGGCCCAGCAGCAAUUGUGGCUUCUGGACUUUGUUCAGCUGCUUUAGGAACAGAUGGUGGAGGUUCGAUUCGCAUUCCUUCUUCCCUCUGUGGUGUAGUGGGCUUGAAAUCAACAUAUGGACGGACAGACAUGAAAGGGUCGUUAUGUGAUGCAGGGACUGUAGAGAUUAUCGGACCAAUUGCAUCAACAGUUGAGGAUGUCAUGCUUGUGUAUGCCGCUAUCUUGGGCUCCUCUCCUCUUGAUAGAAUCUGUUUAAAACCGUCCCUCCCUUGUGUGCCAGAUUUAUCUUCACACGAGAAUUCAAAUGUUCUCGGAUCACUACGAUUAGGAAAGUAUACCGAGUGGUUUAAUGAUGUAUUCUCAACUGAUAUCUCCGAGAAGUGUGAGGGUGUUCUUAAUCAACUAUCAGAAACACAUGGAUGUAAAGUAGUAGAGAUUAUAAUACCUGAGCUUGAUGCCAUGCGCCUGGCCCAUAUUGUUUCAAUUGGUUCUGAAGCACAAUGCUCAUUAACGCCUGAGGUUGAGGAUGGGAAUGGGGCGAAAUUAACAUUGGAUACUCGCACUAAUCUGGCUCUUUUUCGGUCAUUCGCAGCUUCAGACUACGUUGCUGCCCAACGCCUCAGGCGAAGGAUAAUGUAUUACCACAUGGAGAUUUUCAAGAAGGUGGAUGUGAUAGUUACCCCGACCACUGGCAUGACAGCACCUGUAAUACCCCCUAGUGCUCUUAAACUUGGGGAGUCAAAUUUGCAGGUUUCUGGCAAUCUCAUGCGAUUUAUUAUAACAGCAAAUCUUCUCGGGCUCCCUGCCAUUUCUGUCCCUGUUGGUUAUGAUAAGCAAGGACUUCCUAUAGGACUACAAAUAAUAGGUCGUCCGUGGUGUGAAGCUUCAGUUUUGCGUUUGGCUGUUGCAGUAGAGGAACUUUGUGGCAAGCCUAAGAAGAGGCCUGUAUCCUUUUAUGACAUCUUGAAAGGGAACUAG